UCGGCAAUCGCUAACCUACUGCUUCGGUUCUUCCAAAUCAUUUCUUCCUUUCUUCUCCCAUUUAAUUGAUCACUCACUAUCCCCUGCGUCUUACGACGUUAGAGAUCUGUUUUCGUCACGGUAAACGGUUUGUGGUCUGUUAAGGCUUGUAGAGCUGCUGUUGGUUGAAAGAAUUGGAUGAUUUAGAGUAAGAAUGACAUUAUUAUCUGGAAGAAGUUUUUCGUUGAACCCCAAUGCUCCAAUCUUCGUUCCUUUUGCUUUUCGCAAUGUCGAGGAUUUCUCUCCAGAAUGGUGGGAACUAGUCAAGACAUCACUGUGGUUCCAGGAUUAUUGGCUAAGCCAGCAUCAGGAAGAUGAUUUCGAUAGUGUUUCCGAUGAGAUAGUCACUACAGAAGAGUUCCUUGAUCUGGAAGAAAUGGAGUUUGAGGCUAUGGUUCUAUCAAAUGAAGCUGAUCAGAAGCCUGAAGUCAAACCAACGGCUCAUAAGAACCACAUUAAAGCUGCAAGUAAUGAAAUGUCUGCAAAAAAAGUAUUGGAGGAUCUAAUCAUUCAGAACUCUCCGAAGAAGAAUGGUCCAAAGUCUCCAGGUAAUCCUGCAAAGUUCAAUGAGAAGCCAGCCAAGUGUGUGAUCCCGAAGCACGCUCCAAGGUUCAUUCACCAGCCUCGUUGAAAAAAAGAUGAGACUGUAAGGCAGCAAGCACAUAGAACGAGAAAAGUAAUCGUCAAAACGGUUCGUUUAGUUUUCACUGAAUGAGUUUUCUUCCAUAUUACUAGUCAUUCACUAGCCUUGUUAGAAGUGAUGCAAACUGAAUAUCAAUUGCAGCUGCAGCAACCGCACGGAAUGAGUUGUAUCGUCUUGUCACACGAGUCAUGUAAGUUUCAUAUAAUUUAGUUGGAAAUUGUCUCUGUCAUAGGUCUUUUAUCAAAUGACUUUUGCAUUAUAUAAGAUCACAAGUUAGUUGCAUGCAUCAAAUUGUCAAGGUGUUGUUUUCUUUCUGUAUAGAGUUGGGGUACUUUCUGGCCCUCCACAAUAUCACUUACUUCAAUAAAGAGUUGUUUCUAUUCAUGAGUC